UAUUUUCCAGGUGUUCGCAGCUCCGCCCCCGUCCCCCGGGUCCUGCUGCGGGGCAGAGCCUCAGCAAGCAGGGGGCUGGGCCUCCGACACACCGAGCCUCCUGCAGUGUGCCCGGCCAGAGGAGCCCGGACCCCGCUCAGCAUCACACAGCGCGGAAGUCUUCCACGGAGGAUACACGGUUUAUUCUUCAGGUUUCUCCUCUGGCUCGGAGCGCCAUCACGGAGCCGCAGUCAGCAUGUCGGAACUCUCCGUGAACGACCACCUCGAAGGGAUUUUAUCAGAUUUCGAAGCGCUAAAGAGAUCCUUCGACAUUGAAGAUGUGGAUGACAUACCAUCCUUCUCCCCAGCUUCUCCCAUCUCCAACCCUGUGUCUCCAUCUUCCUCUCACUUCUUCCUCCACCACAACAAGGCCAGUGAGGGGCGUGGAGGAGGGGGGCAGUCCCCUUCAUUGGCCUUCAACAACAACAACAACAACAGCCUGGGCUCCACAGCACACCACUCCCGCAUCAGCCUGAGUUCCAGUCCCAGCCCGGUGCUCAAGUCCCGUAGUGUAGUCAACAGUAUGUCCUUCAACCGAGGAACCACAAACAAGCCGGCCAUCCACAACAACGGCUCCUCCGUGACUAGAGCUGCAUCCUUUCAGAGCAGGUUGAACCCCAACGGGUACUCCAUUCUGUCCGGGCCUGGCAGUGACAAUGACAGCCUUCACAGCUCCACCUCCAGCCUGGAGUACUCUGGGGUUGGUGGAGGUGCCCUUCCUCUUACUAAACCAGGGUCAUAUCACAGCCCCCCGCCUCAUGGGGAGUACCUCCGAACCCAGCUCGCACAACAGCACCGUGACGGAGGUGUCAACUUGGGAAGCCACCCCAACCUGAAGAACUUUCCCUCCCAUGGAGGUGUCUUCCACCAGAUGGACCAGGGGCCAAGGAUGAUGCUGGGAGCUCCAGAUCCUCAGGGGGGGAGCCAUGGCUCCAUGCCAAGCCUCAACCUCCAAAUUUGUGAUGGAGGAGGAGGACUGGUGAGUAUGCAAAGAAGCGUAGGUGGAGGCAUGGUGUCUCCAGGGUUGAGGUAUGCCAAUGCCAACUGGAAUGGCCGACUUCAUAAUGCCAGUUCCUUUGGGGAAGAGGUCUACUGUGGUCCAAAAAGUCCCUACCAGCAGCAAGGGCCCCAGGUCCUGAGGUCCCCCCAGCCCAAGUCCAAGGAGGCUUCACGUCUCAACAAGUUUCCCUUGGAUCUGGACAGCUUGGUUAACAGCUCCUCAACAACUACUUACACUAAGUCUCCAGGAGGAUAUAUGAGCCCAAACCCCCCCAAGCCUCCACCAAGGAGCACAGGGAGCCUCCAACAUUACACCAGCCCCCCAUCCACCCCGGCCAGUCCCUCUGCCUCUCUGAGCAGCCUGGACAGUUAUUCUGACACCCCGUCCCUCCACCAUCCCUUUUUGCCUCUCACACCACGUUCUCAAACCUUUUCCGAGGGUUUCAUUCCUACUCCAGAGAUAGGUUCCCCGGUGCCGCUUUCUCCAGGCUACAGCCCCAAGCUGGAGAUUCUCUUACAACCCCAGGUUGUCCAGGUGGCUCCCAAUGUGCCCAACCCUUCCAGCCCAUCCCGCCCCAGAGCCGUUUGGUCUGUGGAGGAGGGCCCAGGUGAUGCCAGAGAUAGUGUUGGUUCAAUCCUACAGAGGAUCGCAUCCUUCUCCCAGAACGUCACUACUGACACCACCCCGGCAGCUGUGACCCAGCCCCCCCCAGCCCAGAGCAAUGGUGGGUUCUCAUCUGAGUUUGGAAGUCCUGCUGAGACCACACUCAUGCAUCCAUGGAAACAGGGGAAGAAGAAUCUGAAAGAAACUGCUGGAGAGCUGGAGACGGACUCACUCAGCCCAAUGGAGGACGGAGAGGAGAAGGAGAGGGGCAUCAUGGGACUGCAAGACGACAGCAAGUGCCAACCAGGACAACCAGCCCCCAUGGACUCCCAGAAUUCCAUACCUGAAACAGGACAGAACGGAGUGGUGGUCGGUACAGAGAUGGAGGAGAAGGGAAUGGAGGAAGGAGACUUGAAGAAGGAGAUGGAGGAAGGAGACUUGAAGAAGGAGAUGGGGAUGGAGGUGGAGGCCGAGGUGAAGGUGGAGCUGUGCCAGUCAGGGCACGGCCUGCAGGUGAGCUUCAUCCGAGGCACUGACCUGUUCGGAUACGUGGGCAUCGAGGCGGUGCUGGACCAGAUGAGGCGCAAGACCAUGAAGGCCGGCCUGGAGUUCAACAUCAUGGUGGUCGGUCAGAGUGGGUUGGGGAAGUCCACGCUGGUCAACACUCUGUUCAAGUCCAAAGUCAGCCGGAAGUCAUGCACGAGCAACUACGAAGAGAAGAUCUCCAAAACGGUCAAACUGCACUCAGUCAGCCACGUGAUUGAGGAGAAGGGGGUGAGGAUGAAGCUCACAGUGAUCGAUACUCCAGGAUUUGGUGACCAGAUCAACAACGAGAACUGCUGGGAGCCCAUAGUGAAGCAUGUCAACGAGCAGUAUGAGAAAUACCUGAGAGAAGAGCUGCAUAUCAACAGGAAGAGGAGGAUACCAGACAGCAGGGUCCACUGCUGCAUCUACUUCCUCCCCCCCACCGGACACAGGUUACGCCUAAUCGAUGUUGAGUUCAUGAAGAGGUUGGGAAAGAUAGUGAGCAUCGUACCUGUCAUCGCCAAAGCCGACACACUCACCAUUGAGGAAAGACAGGAGUUCAAAGAGAGGAUAAGGCAAGACCUAGCAGCCAAUGGGAUUCGUGUUUACCCCCAGAAAGAGUAUGAUGAGGAUCCGGAGGACAGCAUCCUUAAUGACAGGAUCAGGGAAAGCAUUCCCUUCGCUGUGGUGGGAACGGAUAAGGAGCACCAGGUGAAUGGACACAAGGUGCUGGGACGUAAAACAAAGUGGGGAAUCAUUGAAGUUGAAAAUGUGGAACACUGUGAGUUUGCCAACCUGAGAGAUCUGCUCAUCAGGUCUCACCUGCAGGACCUGAAAGACGUGACGCACAACAUCCACUACGAGACGUACCGCGUCCGGCGGCUCAACGAGAGCAACGUGAGCUUCAGUGAGCUGGGCCUGGCCCCGUGGCCCCUGGAGAACGGGACCGAUGACAGGGGCCAAUCAGAGAGCCACCUCUGAUCCUCAGAGGAACGAUCACGCUCAUCCAAUCACAACGAGAGAUGUGAAAAAGAAAGAUAUGUUUUUAUAUUUCCUUUUUUCCCCACAUAAAAAAUUAGAUGGAGAAUUUGUUUUCCUCUUUUACUAUAUGGGACAUGCUAGUGAAUUGUUUUGAAUGAAAAAUGAUAUUUGAAUUUGUAUUACAAUACAUAAUAAAUGCAUCAGAUUUGGAUAUAUGUGAAGCAAAGUGAGCGAGCAUGGUCACGCAUACAGGGCAGGGAGAGCAGCACGAUGACAGGGAACAGACUAAGAUUAACAUUGAGGUGUGUCAGCACCUUGGUGUUAGCUAUAUCAAUUGUAUAUUAUAUGGCCAAAAGUAUGUGGACAGUCCCACACCCAUGAAAUGUCCAGGUGUCCACAAAUGUUUGGCAAUGCAGUUUAUCAUUAUUGUUUAGAAGUUUGACCCUAAUGGAGGAUGCCGUUUAAAUGUUUAAGAUUUUUUUAUAAAGCUUUCAGGCCACAUUUAAGUGCCUAAAGAAAGGAACAUGCUUAAUAUGUCCAUCAUCACGUUUUUUCAUAGACUUCUAUUAACUGACGUCUACUUCUUGACAUGGAUAGAAUGAAACUAGUCACUAGGUCAUUGGUUGAGUACUGCUUAAGCUAGUGGAAGUACCUCACUCUCUUGCUCAGUGCUCCACCCAGUGGAGACAAUGAACAGAAGCAUUCAGUGUGAGAUGCUCGUGAGAACACGGAAGACAUACAAAAGACAUAAAUAACACAAGUUAUAUCAUCAGUAUAAUAUUGAAUUGUUCUAGGUGAGAUAUUUAUGGUCAAGUCUUAUUUCCACACGUCACUGGGCAGAUGAGGUUUAGGAUAGGAUAGCUUAUGUGUGAAUUAUAACCUACAGUUUGUAUUAUUAGUGGUGUUCUCCAUGUAUCAUUGCUCAGUUAAAGUGGACUGUCUCCUGUCACAUAACUGCAGGACAGUAGAGAAAAUGUUUUUUGCCAUUAAAUAUGGGCAUUAAUAGGAAAAAGUGUCAGUAUUUCCAUUUCAUUUCAACAAUAUUGACUAGGAAUUCAGGGGAUGAAUUGAUAUAAUUUACAUUUUGUGAGAGGCUGUUGACUCUCUUAAGAUUCACUGAAUUCCUCUUGAGUUUCUUUCUAAGUCAUGCAUGCAAUAUGCUUAACCAGUUAUACACCUCACAAGAUUGUUGCACAAAAGGUGUUCAUUAUGCACAUCCAACAAGCGUACUCACACCUUGACAGCAGCACAAAGAAUGACAGUAAAUAAAAAGAGUAGUAAAAAAGAAAUCAAAGUAACUACCCUGACAGAGGUGUGACCUCUGGCCUUCUGAAGGACACUAUACAACAUCACAAUAAUGAUCAUGAUAAAAAACAAGCUUCUCCUCCAUUAUCUCCCGUGAUCUGAAAAGUUAAAAGAUGAUCUACUAAAGCAUUGUGAGCGUGCAGCAGCAUAUGCUCUCCCCUAAUUGGGAACAUUUGAAAAUGAAACUGCAGCUCAGACACAGGACACAGGCUCUUAAUUGAUCAUAUUUCCCGCCAUUGUUAACACAUUUUGACAAACGACAUAAAUGUGCCUUAUCAUCAAAAGGUGUGUAGUUGGAUUGUUUACCUGCUCAAACCAAGUGGAGUUAUAGGUAUUUUUCAUUGAAAGGGUGAAAGCUUCUUCUUGCUCAGUGUUUAGGUGUAGCUGAUCACAACAUUACACAACAGCAGGGCACUGGGUAGUUCUCUUUCAAUAACAGAUGAAUGAAUGAAUACUCCAGCCCUGACAGCUUCCGCCUCUUAUGUUCAGUCAGCUCCAGGAUACUCUGUGAUGGUUGAAUGAUAUUGUAUGUAAUCACCUCUUGUUUCCUGCCUGCCAUCAUUAAUACAGAGAGCUUGAGUGACAAUUUGCAUGAUAUUCAUUCAGCAAAGGGUGCUUUUCUGUUAGAACAUUAAUGACAGCUGUACUACUGGUGGCCAUGGUGCAGCUGGAGCUGGAUUAGAAUCAAUCAUCAUCAUCAAGUUUGACCAUCUGUGCCUUGGUUUUGCCCUCAUGCUUGUUAAAAAAUAAAAACAUCAUAACAGCCAUCUUUCAGACUGCAAACCAGUUCCACACACUAGGACAUUUGCUGCCAAGCCAUAAAAACAACAUUUUAUUUGACCAAAUAACUUAAUUGUAUAGUUUGAUUGUAGAAAUGUUUCACACUCAAUGUAUCUGCUCUCAUUUCCAGGUAGAAAGUAGAUCCAGUAGAGCAAAAGAGAAUGGGGUUGUGAGUGCAGCCGCAUGGCGUUAGCCCAGAAGCUAAUGGUUAGCAAUCAAUGAAAUAAAGCAAAUAGAACCUUGGGUCAUAGGAACGUUUUUGAGUCUUAAAUGUGCAGAGUGGCUUCAGGUUCUAGUUGUACGCUAGUGCAGCAAGCUAGCUAUUGAAACUGACUGAAAACAAUUGAGCUCCUCCGAGGGAGGAAAAUGCUUGUUAUAUAUGUCCUAUAAUGUUCUAGAUGUUCAGAGUUGUUAUUCCUUUUUUCUUUACACUUGUACUUUUUUUACUGUCAAAGUCCUCUGUUAAAAAGGUCCAGAAGCUACUCCUUGACAGGUGUUACUACUUAAAUGUUCUACAACUGCUUGUGAAAUGUAAACCAUGCUCAGCUGUUUUUUAAUAGAUAACUGAAUAUAUAAAUGAAAAUGUAGACUACUUCCUGUAACUUCACAUAAUGUUGAGUGAGAGUAGGCUCCAUGCUAGUACGUUAGCUUAGUUAGCACCUGUUUCUGUCGCUAAAUCUUCCUUUUUACAGAGUUAUGGCUCAACUUAAUGUUAUCCAAAAUGCCAGUUAUCAUCAGUACUGACAACCAACCCACCACCGACACAAUUCCCAUGAAUGCUGAUCACAUACAGCAUACAGACAUUCUGCUCCGUAUCCUGAACCUGUCAGCCCUCCACCCUUGUAUUUUAUACUCAGCAUGUACUAACAGAUUUUGUAUGAAUAUUGUUUUUGUUUUUUUAUAUAGUAUAAAUGAUGCACAUGUUAACACUGUUGAUUUACAAAUAAAUACUUGUCACCUUCUCA